UCAUUUGUACCAACGGGCACGUUUCUCGGGAGCAAACCCAGGCGGGUGUAACUGUCCUACAGGCUCCAUCAGCAGGCGUCUUAUUGGACGGUCUGUCCCGGUUCUGGUUGAACUUCGGCGGUGAGAGAGAGCGAACACGGCUGUUCUGGAGGAGAAAUUUGAUUAAUGCCGUCUAGGUCUAAUUUUUGGUGCCUGUUAAAUACCCGUGCUGCGUGUCUCUUCACUGCAGAUAAUGUAAGGGGGGGAAAUUAAUUUAUAUUAGCGUCUACGUGUUUGGACGAGUUUAUGUAGCCUAUUACUCUGGACAUCGAGGAAGAAGAAAAAACAUGUCAGUGAGUCAACAGCUGGAGUGGAAAACACACGACGGAUCUCUGUCAACGUCCGCUCUCUCUUCAUAGCUGACGUAUGGGCUUUAUUCAUUCGUCCAUUCAUUCAGUAAUUCAGCAGGAAACCGAGCAAGAAAGAAUAACCACUGUACCGCCUCAUAUUUUGGCGCUGCUGCAAGAGAGCUUGUCGAAAGAGGACAUCCUUCACCGGUCAACAAAUCCAGCGAUGGAGUCCCCCCACGCAGACCUUGGCUGUUAAUGGUUAACAGAUUAAUAAGGGAGCUGAUUUGGAAAAACAGAAGUUGAGAAGAGGUGAGGUAAGAAAGGAGGGAGGGAGAAGAAGAAGAGAGAUAGAGGGGGAAACGGAGCAAAGAAGAAGAGGAGGGAGAAGAGAAGAGAAGAUCUCGGGUUACUGGUGGAUAACGUGGCUCUAACGCAGCUCGCCCUGCCUAACCCCGGGACUAAUAAACGGAAGGAGGGAAGGAGAGGCAGAAUGUUGCAUCGCCGUUACCCUCCGCUCUGACUGAGUGAGGGCAGUGUCGGGUAGUCGGGGACAACCGGUGGUCGUUAAACCUCCGGUUUGUGUGUGUGCGCGCGCGCGCGUGUAUGAGGGUGGUGGUGGUGGUGGUAAAACCGGUUUUUGAUGCGCGAGAAAGUGACGUGCCGCCCUCCCACCUUCCCGCCCUUUGCCACAAGCCUCUUGUCAACUCAACAGACCAGGCAGCCAAGUACUUCAUUUUUCGCUCCAUACGUUUAAAAUCACCACCUUUAAUAUAUUUUAUUUUUAUUUAUUUAUUUUUAAAAUGCCUGUCUGUUGAACCCCUCACUCUGACUCUCCAAAUCUCGCGGGAUAUAAAGGAAAUAAAAGAGUGAAUCUAAAAGAGAGGAGGAAAAUAGAUAAAGACAAACAGGAGCCGCCUAUAUGAAGAUGCUGAUGUGUGACCGCGGCGUCCAGAUGCUCGUGACGACGGUGGGCGCGUUUGCCGCCUUCAGCCUCAUGACCAUCGCCGUCGGUACCGACUACUGGCUGUACUCGCGCGGGGUCUGUCGCACGAAGAGCACCAACGACAACGACACGAGCCGCAAGAACGAGGAGGUGAUGACGCACUCCGGCCUCUGGCGAACCUGCUGUCUGGAAGGAACAUUCAGAGGUGUGUGUAAGAAGAUUGAUCACUUCCCAGAGGACGCGGACUAUGAAGCAGAUGCUGCUGAAUACCUCCUCCGUGCUGUGCGUGCCUCCAGUAUCUUCCCCAUCAUGAGCGUGGGUCUGCUGUUCCUGGGGGGGCUCUGUGUGGCCGCCAGUGAGUUUUACCGGAGUCGACACAACGUCAUCCUCAGUGCAGGAAUCUUCUUCGUCUCUGCAGGUCUCAGUAACAUCAUAGGAAUUAUUGUCUAUAUCUCAGCCAACUCGGGUGACCCAGGCCAGAGCGACAGCAAAAAGUCCUACUCCUACGGCUGGUCCUUCUACUUUGGCGCCCUCUCCUUCAUCAUGGCAGAAAUGGUGGGCGUGCUGGCCGUGCACAUGUUCAUCGAGAAGCACCGCAAGCAACGCGCCAAAUCCCGCACCGAGCUCAUCAAAAAGUCCGCCUUCAGCCGCAUCCCCUCCUAUCGCUACCGCUUCCGGCGUCGCUCCAGCGUGCGCUCUUCCGAGGCCCCCAGCCGUGACACCUCACCGCUGGGGAAAGGCGGCUACACAGGGCCCGCCGCCUCCGAGAUGCCCAUGUACACGCUGAACCCACGCGAGGCAGGCAACGCCGGCACCAAACCUGGCAGCGGCAUGGGCGGGCUGCUCAACUCAGAGAGGGAGUUCCUCCAGAGCAGCACGCUCACUAAAGACUACAGCAAGGACCCCAACCGCAGGACCACGCCGGUCUGAGAGGUGCUUAGCUGCAGAUAUCGCCCAAUCAGAGUAUCAAAGAGAAAGAUGAAGAGAAAUACAGGGGGAGUGCAAGCAAACGCAGGGGACACACAGGGUUACGCGGGUGGGAACGGGGUUUGAUAAACUUUGACUGUGAACUGUGAACUUUUAGCCUUUGAACUGUGAAUCCUGAGCCCUGUGAGAGUUUCAGUGUGUGUAGCAGGGUCGGUUUUGAUGGAGAAGUUGUUCCCAACUACCACAUAUCACUGUAGUUAUACCUGUAACUCCUUACAUAUGAAGGCACAUUCAAUUUAUGUUCAUGAGUGUUAUGUUCAUAAAUUGACUUUCUGGCUUUUUCGAGGGGGGAAACGGGGAAGUUUAAAUAGCAUAUCGUAAGUGGUUUGCUGUUUGGGGCAACUUCUCCUCUAAAAUUAAAAUAAUGUGAACUAAAGGAGAAGAGGAAAGAGGUGAGAGACUCUGUGUGAUCUUUGACCUUUUGACCUCUGUCCUCCUGACCUUUUUUGAAUAGCAGUUGGAUGAGUUCAGGUUACAGCCUUAGAGCUCCGAGCUGUCUCUCUGAUUACCGAUACUAUUUAAAAGUGCAGAAGUUAAGACCUCAGGAUCGGGAUCGAUUCAUUUUCAGUUCAGCUGGACUCAAAAAUAGUAAUUGAAGAAGCAGUUUGUCCAUUUAUGGCAGCACAUUUGUGGCACUAGUUAUUAUUUUCUAUACAUAUUGUAUAUAUACUCCUUUCAUAUUGAUUGAUGGAAAAGCUCACUUCAUAACUGAGUGAACUGAAACUGAAUUGAGCUCAUUCCUGGUAACAUUUACCCCCUUCUCUCUGAGGUCAGUUGUUAAACCUGCGUAGAGGUUUUUGAAAAAGGGAAACACUGACAGAUCAGCUGUUAGGGGGGAAAAGGUGUGACUCAGCAAAACUAAUGAAUCUCUUUUAGAUGGUAACGUUAGAUCAUUGGUGCUUCCUUUUACCCCACAGUCAUCUCUUGAAUUAUGUUUUCACCUAAAACUUAAAGAGAUGAUCAAAUAUUUGUCUGUCCGCCUUCACGUAUCAACUUUCACCUUCCACAUUUUUCUGUGUAGCCCCAUACCUCACCUCACUGCCACCCUUUCACACACCUCCUCUCACCCUCUCUUUCUCUUUUAGGUCCCGUCUUCCGUUGGUGUCGCUCGUAGUUUAGUUAGGGUUUUCCGAAGGUUGUUGGUUCAGGGUACUGUGGAGAUGAGACCGCUGAGCUGUGAAUAUGCUUUAAGGCAGAGCCAAAAAGACAUUAAACAAACAGCUGGACAUUAUUUUUGUUUGCCCACUACCUUUUGGUAAAUAUAUUUCAGACGAGUUUAAUAUAAAGUUGUCUUUCUUGCCAGAACAAUUGUCAAAGAUUUCAGCUGCAGAAAUAGACGCUGAGAAAAUGCUCCCUUCAGUCUAAAGUACACUUCUCUCUUCUCCAAUGGAAUAUCUGCAGAAAAUGAAUUUGUAUGUGGCGCACAAUUUAAAGAUAAAUAGAUGGAAUUGGCAGAAGUCUCAUGUAUUAUUCAGAGGAUUUGUGCUCCAUCCAUUCAGCUGUCACUCACAGCCCCUCCUCCUCUUUAUCCCCCUUACAUGUGCACACACUGUAGACUGCACAAAUACACACACACACACACACACACACACACACAAGCCUAUAUACACACGUCUCCUGUAAUAUUUCAAACACCUGUACAGUUUUUACUGUGACAGAUUCUAGAGGCACAUCAAUACAUUUACAUUUAUCGCUCUCUCUCAGACGUUUACACAUUAAAGUUGGUGCACUCCCUGUAUACUGUGUUGGCACCAUUUUGUAUUGAAGCCAUGCAGUCAAUGGAUAAAAAAAACUAUGUGUUGAAUAAGAGAGAUAACAAAAAAAUAGUAAUGAAAACUCCAUGAAAAAGGCAUUUUACAAACUGUAUCUGUGCUGUUUUUGACCGGGAGAUCAUCUCCCCAUUGAAACUUACUGGAACACGUGUUUCAGUAACAAUAUCAGGCUUUUUAAAAUCAUAGUCAUAGUCGCUGGAUUAUUUACACGAUAUUAUCAUAUGUGUAUUAUUAACAUACUAUCAGUAUUACAUUUUUGAAACAUUGUAAAUACCGGUAUUUAGCAACACCCCUUUUUUGCGCACAGUCAGUUCACCACUGAAUCAUCCAACAAUUGGUGAUCUAUCGCUACCUCUGUCCAUUGUGCUGGCAAAUAAUUAGGAGGCUGUUGCAACACUUUGCAACACUUUAUCAUACAUAGCCUGAGUUCACAUUAAACCAUUUGUCACAUCACUGGACAACACCUGAUCACACACACACACACUCACACACACACACACACACACACACACACACACACACACACACACACACACACACACACACACACACACACACUCGGAUACAAGGGGAGGAGACAAAAUAGCCAUAAAACAGCGAGAAAGGGAACGUGCUGCAGGGAGAGUUGUGGAGAGAGAGCAUGAGUAGCUAGUGUAAAUGUAAACAGCAUUUUUCUCAAACUAUUUUCUGGGGCUGAGAGUAAAAAGUGAGUGUGAAAAAAUUUGCAUUUUUGUUUUCUUCUUUAUACCUCCCAAAGCCACCAUUGCACUGUUUUGUACAAACUAACCAUGAAACAUCACCAAGCUGAAACCGUCACGCCACCACUUUGAGAGUUAUUACCCUGAUAAUAAAAGAUGUUUUAAAUCUCAGUCAUACUGUUUAAUUUAUGACGCUGCUGUUUUAUCCGCUGUCUUUUAACGCCAUAAAGGGAGUCUAAAGGGACAAACGUGCAUCACCACAGACUUGCUCUUGCUGUCCUUCACAUGUAAAUAUUAAUUUUGCAAGCUAACUACAACAUCAGCAGUUGUCAUGGGCUGUGAAAGUGAAGAAAAAAAUGCUUUUCUCCAAGCAAGGGCUUUUAAUUUUUAAAGGACAGGAGCACACAAGGGCUUUUUAUGCUCAGCGCUGCAGCGGCGUCAUUUUAAGGGUGUUAUGUUGAAGGAGAGGCAAAGUACAUUUGCACACGAAACAGAUGUUUUUAAACCAGCUGAAUAGCUAACUAACGAAAUAUAACACGCUUCAUGCAAAAGAGAAGCAGAAGUAGAGAAAAAGGCUUCUACUCAUGUUAGCUACAGGUUCGCCUUUAGCUGCUCUUAUUUGUUGGCUAACUUUAGGUUAGAUGGGUAACUUUCUAAAGUAAUUAGAAAUCAAGAAUAUUGCCUUAAGCAGAGGUAGGAUCAUUUUAAUUAAGAAUUAUUUGAGUUAGCUUAAGGAUCAAACCUAUAUUAGCAAAAAUUGUUAAUCAUACUUGGUGCCAAAUAUUACUCAAAAUGUUUCCUGUAUAUCGUGGCCUCCAGGUUAGCUUUAGAUCAUAGGUUCACUCACACUUUAUUUGCAUAGGAUUUCCUGCAGUAUACUGACUCAGCAGUAGUAGCCAUGUAGUUCAGCACAUCAGAGGCCCCUCGGGGUCAGAGUUCAGAACCACAUCCAUGAGCCAUGUCAGCAUUGACCUUUCAAACCAUGCAUGCCAUAUCCAUCUGCUUCCAGUGCUUACAUCGCUCUAUCUCUAAUCGAGUCUCAAAUGGCACCCUAAUCUCUAUACUCCGUAGGGAUACCGGACUGCUACAUUUAAGACGCCUUACAAGGGCGUGUGGGCCCAUAAGCCUGUGCUGUGUUUAACGAUGUUUACUCCAAUAGAGCGCAGGGUGCUUUUUGAGACCUCUGUCUAUCUCUUCUUACCGCCAUACAGCUUUGAUACUCCGAUAUCAACAACAAAUAAUUGUAUUAUUAGUAAAAAAUUAUUCUACUCUAAAGGUGCCACUGUGCAGAGGAUGACAGACUCUGUCACAUAUUAUAGUUAUUAAUCUAUUAAUGGGGGAGGCGUGGUUUGAUCGAAAAGGAGCAGAGUUGGGAUGCUGGGGUCGUAGUCUUUGUAAUAUUAUAUUAUUCUAGUUUCAUUUUCUACUCUUGAUGUGGUUUGUGAGAUUGUGUUGUUUUGAUCACAUCUGAAGCCUCUGACGGGAGGAGAGGAAGAGACAGUGGAGCGCUCGGACGAUCUCUCGUGGACAUUAACCUCACCUCACUGGCGCCAGAGGUCGACUUUAUCAGCGGGACACUCAACACUGAAAGUGCAAUAUACACAUAUACAUUCAUUCAGGGUACUAUACUUCUGAGGACUUGUUGACCCAAUGCACUACAGACAUAAGUUGUGUUACCUGGUACAGGGGCUGGAAAUAAUGCAAUCCAAUCCAGCAGUCUGUAAAAACAAAUACUUUUAUGAAGCUUAAAAGAGUCCAUUUUGGUUAAGACCGACAGAGGCAAAAUAAUAGAAACAGUUUACAAUGUAAGGCGCUAUAAUACAACUCAACCACAGCCUCAAAGAUACCGUAGAUUUAUUUGAACUACAGCCUCUUCAGUGUCACCAAGGAAUUAACAGAUUUCACGGAAGUAAUGUUUUUUGCAGAACUGCCAUGAUGGAUUGUGUUACAUUGUACAGGGAUUGCUUUUGCUGUUUGCCCCCUUGUGUAUUCUUUAAGACCUAUUUAGAUGGUUGAAAGUUGUAUUACAUCUUAACUUCUUCCCUUUCACUGUGGCUCCAAACAGAAUCCUCUGCUUUGGUCCUUAAAGUUAAAGGAAUAAUUAGUCAAUUACUAACUCUGUGUUACUUUGAAUUCUUAAAGAAAACGUUGUUUAUUCCACAGCAAACAAAGAAUCAAAAAACAAAAAAAGGUCUUGAUGAAUUUAAGUAAUUGGGGGUUUAACAAAACAUCCAAAAACUCCUGCAGCAUAAUCCUAGUCUCAUUUAUCCAGUUGUAUGCUCACUACUUUCCAAACAUAUGCCUUUUGACUAUUUAAAACACAUAGCAUAAACAGUACACGCGCGAAUGAGUGGUGCGCCUGCGCAAGCAUGAGACUGUUUAUGCGGAAGUAAAUAAAAGAGACUUGGAUUAUACUGCACAAGUUCUGUGAUUGAUAUAGUUUUGCUGUUGUUAAACACCGCCAAUUUACUUUAAUUCAUCGAGCAUUUUCUCCAUUUUUGGAUUCCUUCUUCACCGUUAAGGCAUGCAAGUUUUCUACAAGAAUACAAGGUAACACAGGGUGAGUAAUUGAUACACAAAUGAUAGCCCGUUGGGGUAAAGUAUUCCUUUCGAUGUGAAACAUCAAUGCAAUCGAAAGGAAGCCUUGAGUACUCAUAUUGUGAUUAAUCAAUGACAUCACACAAGUUUCUCUUAGAACAAACUCAAAAUGAAUGAGCAAAUCCUAACUUAAAACUUACUUACUCCUAAAUUAAAAAACUGACCCUAAUAAAUGUCCUAAUUUUAGAUUUGUUUGUGUGGGAUAUAGGUCCUCAUAAGUAUAGAAACACAAGAACACAACACAUAGCAAUACACACACUCCGUAAUGCUCACAAAAAUAUACACAGACAUUGAGUAUGCACAGAAACACACACUCAUACAGCACACACUCACAGCUUCAGCUUCGGCCCGUGCGGUGUGGGGAUAAGUGUGUCCUGUUAAAAGAAAAAUCACUGUGUCAUGUUUGGAGAAAAAAAAAUCAUUUUAAGUGUUUCUUUGGGAGAAAAACAACAAACUGUUUCUGUUGCUGAUGUGUCGCUCCUCAAUGAAAACUUCAAGUACACUGAGCCAGCUAAUCAAACACGCAGGAGCAGAAGAACUGUUUGAGAAAUGUGAAUUUAAUGGAAUAGACAAACACAUGCUAUAAGCACUCUACACUUUGCACUUCCUACCAACACACACACAUACACUAACACGUACAAGGUUACUGUGUGAGGAGGGCUUACGGGUGGAGUUAUGUGCCUGCAUGUUUGUGUGUGUUAAUAUUCAUGUGUGUGUGUAUGCGUGUGCAGUUAGCCUCUCCUCACCCAUGCACCCAGUGCCUGCCUGUCCUGCCUUCAGACAGCUCCCAGAUCAGCCAUGGGGCUUCCAGUAUAACCUCCUCUGCAUUCCCACAACCUUUAACGGUUGCACUGGGAUCAGUUUUAGAGCUAACUGCCCCGGUCAUUCCUCAGCAGACGCAGCCAUAUAAGAUACAAGGACUGUUUUGGAGUGAGUGGUUUCUGGUGGAUACUGUCUAUUACUGACACAAUUUCAAAAGGAGUUUAUGUUACAAAGCUAAGGGGGAAGUCAUUUUCUGGGUUUUUUCGAAGGUCUGACUGGACUCUUGGUCUUUUGCCGUCUUUGUCUGUGAGGCUGGUUUAGGGUCGGCAGAGGGGGCUUAGCAGGAUAGACAAUAAUCUAUAAAGUCCCUGAUGACGGCUGGUCUUGAAUCAGCACAGCCUGGUGUAGCCUGCUGUUCUCAAAUCCGCCAAAAAAAGAAGAAAGAGGGACAAGUUCAUCUGCAAUACUUGCUUGUAAUUGUGUUGCUGAGAUUGUGUCUAUAGGAGCUCCGACAUGAAAGCGUCUCUUAGAUGACGUGAGAGUUUGUCCCACUUGUACUGCCAAUUAGAAUUAAAUGUUGUUAAUGUGGGACAAUAUAGAGAUAUUCUGGACAGGUAAACUGUUAGUUCCCUAGACAGAAUAUAUUAUUAAAAUAGCCAUGAUUUCUUAAAUUAUUCUGGCCUUGCUGCCUAUUAAGCCCGUUCUCCAGACUGCCCUCUUCCUGUUUUGUUUUUUUGCCAGGCUUUAGCCCUUUAGCUAGAGAGAUUUCGUACCUGUCUUGCAUUUUACACAUAUUAUUUUGACAGGAAGUACACAGCGAUUAAAAUUAGCUUUUUACGGUUUCGCCUCAAGCCCCGCGUUCAGACAGUGUUGUUUACAUGCAGAACAUAUCCGAGGGUGGCAUGGGUGACUGACCAAGGAUGAAAGACCCAAAAUGGCAGGAUGUUAAACCAGGCUUUGAGAGUUUCGCUCUGCAUCAGGUGUAUUCAGGCUCCCUCUUGCAUACAUUUCUCAUGAGCAGUAGUGACGUUAAAGGUUUCUUCUUCCUCAACAAGAGUUCUUCUUCCUCAACAAAAGAUUAUCUGCUUCUUGUUGAGAUCAGUUUUUAUUUAAAGAGUCACACUAGAUUUUCUGACAAAUUCCUGCAAUGUAUAUGUGAAAUAUGUCUAUUGGGUUACUACAGAUUUUUGUAUGAGUCAAACUCUCAUCUGAGAAAGCCAUGCCCCAAAGUGACUGAAUUGCCCAUCAUCUUCUACUGAGCCAUGUUGUAAUGGGUAGAGUCAGGCUGCAAGGCGUAGAGAAAGCCACACAGAACAAUCACACUUUUGGUGUUAUCAAAGAGUGCACAGACAGUUUCAGCCAUGCUCAUGGCUCUAUGGAUGGCAAUGUGGGAUCGGUCGACUUUGGUCCAGACUGAAAUAUCUUGACAACUAUUAACUGGAUUGUCAUCAAAUGUGGUACAGAUACCCACGGUGCCCAGAAGAUAGAUCCUGCUGACUUUCACCACCGUGGGGUUUGACAUUUGUCAUUUUAAGUGAAACUAUUUGAUGGAUUGCCAAGAAAUGAAUAACAGACAUAGACGUCCUCAGGAUGAAUUGUAAUAACUUAGGUAAUCCCUUAACUCUUCAAUUAGCAUUGUCAUUUUGACCAUGUUAGCAUCCUGAUGUUAGCAUUUAGGUCAAAGCACCGCUGUGGACUCUUCUUGUUAUUUAAAGUGGAAUUGGUAGAAGUGGUGAAUGAUUGUAACCUGACAUUGUCCAUUUCAAACUGACCUGAGGACUGUUAGUAAACAAAAACCAGAACACAAACUCAGGAGAAGAGAUGUUAGUGACACAUUACCUUUUUGUUUAUUUCUUAGUUUCUUAUUUCAUUUUUUGUCACAGUGACAUAGAUGGAGCAGUCCCUUCAGAAGACAAGUAAAUGAUCCAGAUUAUCCGUAAAAACAAAGCUUAAUAUUUAAUUGUUAUCGUGUUUAUUAUAUGUGUAGCAAUGACCUGGCAAAAAGCAAAAGGGGUUUUUUUUGUCAGGGAGUGUAUCUUGCAGGAAUUGUAGCAGUUUGCUUUGAGGGGAAACUAUUUAAAUAAAGACUAGGACACUAAAUAGCAACCAGCCGUUACUGUCUUGAGGGGUGACACUGGCGAUCAUCAACGUUGCCUUGCAGCAGUGAUGAAAGUGAAAAACAAAAGCCUAAAGGCAAAUGUGCAGCUGGAACCUUAAGCUGCAGUGUGAAAUAAAAUCCCCCAAAAAUGUGGGUCAUUAUUUUAAAACGUCGAAAAGCGUGACAAUGGGUGAUGAGUUUAAAGAUGGAAGGUGAUCAACAGUUUUGGAAUCUGUGUCAAUGGGCAGCUUUUUAUCCUGCUCCAUACCUCUGAGCCCUAUCAUGAGAUACUUAGAUACACACACACACACACACACACACACACACACACACACACACACACACACACACACACACACACACACACACACACACACAAACACAUACAGACAUGCAUGCAGAAACAUGCUGGCACUCACAUUCGUCUUUCUAUACACAGGCAUACUGACUGUAUAACUCUCCCAGCUCACACACACACACACACACACACACACACACACACAUACACACACACACACACACACACACACACACACACACACACUAACACACAUUUAGCUGCCAGCCAGUUUCACUGUAUACUUUAUAAUGUAAACCUCCAACUAACAGCGGUCUGACACGGACACAUGCUGUGAAUAAAAGCACACUUUUACUUACAUGAUAUAAAUAUGAUUACCUAUAUCUAGAGAGAAGGAAUAUUAUAUACAGUAUAAUGAUUAGAAAAUAAAGAGUCACCUUUUCAAA